AUGACUUGGCGCAUAAAAUUCAAGAGGCUCGACAAAACAGCAAGGCACAUAAUGCAUAUCGAUAAAAAAUCGGUUGAGGAAGUGAAAGCAACCAGAGAGAUCCCCGAAAUAAAGCCCGGUUACAUUGUUCAGCUACGAGUGGAAGUACCGGAGAACACGAGACGCGUGACAACUGUAAAAGGGAUAGUUAUAGCAAAACGAAAUGCCGGUUUGAAUUCGGCAUUCAGAAUACGAAGGCUUGUUGUCGGAGUUGGCAUCGGAUCUCUCUUCCUUCUUAACGGUGGUGGAGCGGUCGACGAUGGUAGAUCCGGUGGUGGAGCAGUCGACGACGGCGGUGAAGUAGGAGUAUCACCAGCAAACAAAUCAGCAAUCCCCUUUAAUGUCAUCACCAUCUCGGUAUAUCCAUCAUUGGCCGGAGGAUCGACCAGAGUAGCUUGA